GGUUAAUAUACUUUCAUUAUGUAAGAUUGGCUAUCGUUAUAAAUUACACACGAAAGUUUGAAUGAGACUUCUUCAGAAAAAGAUGCAUCGCGUCCCGAUGAAAUUGAAGAAUUGCAAGGUGCCUAAUAUGUCGUGAGUAGAUACAGCCCUGAAAAUUGUGGCGGCGAAGCCGCCAAGAGGCGCGCGCAGUCCACGAAAUAUCCAAGCGUUUCCCCGCGGCCGACAUCUUCGCGCGGCCAACAGCUGUUCCGAAAGGCGAGCGAACUCCCCAUCGUAAUCUGGGUCAUGGAAACUGCGCAAAAUGGGUUGCACUUGCACCGAAAUCGCGCAUUUCUUCAAAAACCGGUGAAUCGGCUCGAGAAUUUCGUCUAAUCCAAUAGGCUGAACUAGCACGCGAUACGUUAUUAUCCACACUAUAAAAUGCCAUUCGAAAUAUGCAAGCUCCUACGACCAGCCGUUGCAUAUCUGUCAACGUGCUUGACUGGUUCCCGACGAGAGAGCCGUCCGGCGAUUGGCCGACGAUUUUCGGACAUCGACCUACGCGCGAGCCUCGAAACGUGCUAAUCACAGAAAGCAUGUAAACGAUAUUUUGCCAAAUAUACACUACGGGCACGUGAAAAAUCACGCUCUAUCUUUUAUUCAGAUUCAGUCCCGCAAAAUGUCUUUCUAUCGAACCAUUCGAUAUUGUUUAACGCGUCAGAAGCUGGGCACAGCCGCCCAUUCGUUGCGCACAUAAAACGUAAUCAGAAACUAUUGAAUACAUAUACCACGUGAUUCAUUUGGUACUUCUUUAACCUUUAUUAUUUGUAGAUUUGUUAGUUCUUUUCAGAAUUUUAUUAUUAUGGUCAUGCACGUGCAACAAUCGAUGCACGUGUGCUUAAAAUUAAAUUGAUGCUCGAGUUCCUUAACAGUCCAUAUGAAAUGCAGCAAAGUGAUGUAAAAUGAAGAUAAGGAAGAAAGAAAACAUUGAAUACUAAAAAUUAUAUAUUAUGUGCUUUAAUAAGUCAACAUUUAGAAUGUUUAAAAAAGUAGUUGUUGGUAUAUCUGGUGGGGUUGAUAGUGCUGUAGCAGCAUUACUCCUAAAAAAUAAAGAAUUAUAAAAGGAUUUAAUGUUACUGGAGUAUUCAUGAGAAAUUGGGAUAUUAGAGAUGAAACAGGGAAAUGUCAAGCUGAUGAAGAUUAUGAGGAUGCCAAAUGGGUAUGCAAUCGAAUAAAAAUCCCCCUUGUUGAAGUCAAUUUUAUAAAAGAAUUUUGGAAUAAUGUAUUUUGCUACAUAACAGAACAGUGUGAGAAUGGAUAUACACCAAAUCCUGAUGUUAUGUGUAACAAGUUUAUUAAAUUUGAGAAAUUUUUUAAUUUUGCACGUAAUGAACUACAGGCAGAUGCUAUUGCAACUGGUCACUAUGCUAAGACUAGUUUUGGUACUCAUCUUGAGCAUUUUAAACCAGAUACGAAUGUCAAAAUGCUUCAAGCACAAGAUCCAGGAAAAGAUCAAACAUUUUUCUUAUGUCAUGUACCUCAGCAAGCAUUAAGGUAUUCCAUGUUUCCUCUUGGAGACUAUUUGAAAAGUAACGUUAAACAAAUUGCUCAAGAAGCUGGACUGGAUGUAGUUCUUCGUAAAAGAGAAAGCACAGGAAUAUGCUUUGUGGGGAAACGAAAUUUUCAAAAUUUUAUUUCCAUGUAUUUACCUGACAAACCUGGAGAUUUUAUAGAUCUGGAUAAUGGACAAAUAGUAGGGAAACAUAUGGGCUUGCAUUAUUGGACUAUAGGUCAAAAUAUAAGAUAUGCAUGCAAACCAUUUCCAUAUUUUGUAUAUAGAAAGGACAUUGAGACAAAUAAUAUAAUUGUAGUAAGAGGAACAAAUAACCCAGCGCUGUAUUCAGAUUUUUUAAUAACAAAAUCUCCUUUCUGGAUAUCAGCGGAACCAAGUGAACUUAAUAGCUUCUGUAGAAUAUUAAAUUGCAAUUUUCGCUUUCAACAUAGAUAUCCUCUGGUGUCUUGUACAGUUCACAAAAGUCUAAAAAAUGAAUUAUUGAUUGAACUUAGUAAACCUAUGAGAGCACUUUCAGAAGGACAGUUUUCUGUCUUAUAUAAAGGAGAAGAGUGUUUAGGUGCCAGUGUAAUUUCAUACCAUGGUCCAUCGUCCUUUAAUUUGAAAGAAAAGGUGGAAAUGGAAGAUUAUCGAGUAAACGACAUAAAAAAUGAAAAUGCAAACGCGAGUAUGUAAUACUCUGUGAUA